CCGGAUCAGACUAAUCCCCGGGUCCCUGUUAGCUUCUCCGCUGCAGCUUGUUUAAAGGCGCGGAGGGGCCCGACUAACUCCUGGGAGACGUUAGCGGGUCCUCGGACACGAGAGGCCGAGUCCAGCAUGCUGAGUCCCUCCUGUACCUGAUAACAGACUCAAUAAUCAGCUCUGAGGUCUGAACCUGGUCUGAACCUGGUCUGGACUCUGACAGCAGGUGUCUCUCAGGUGUCCUGAUGGCGACAGACAUUGUGGCGCAGUUGGCCGACUCUCUGGCCAGAGCUGCAGUCGGGGGGGAAGGAGAGCUGAGCUACAAAGGCCAGGGCAGGAAGCUGGACGAUGCCUCUUCAGUGGAAGACAUGGUGAAGGAGAUCCAGGACUUUGAGGGCCUGGAGGCUCUGAGGCUGGAGGGAAACACUGUGGGAUUGGAGGCAGCUCAGGCCAUCGCAAAGGCUCUGGAGACCAAGAGCGACUUCAAGUGCUGUUAUUGGAGCGACAUGUUCACAGGCCGCCUGCGCUCUGAGAUCCCUCCUGCUCUGACGUCGCUCGGGGACGCUCUGAUCCUGGCGGGCGCUCGGCUGACGGUGUUGGACCUCAGUGAUAACGCCUUCGGACCGGACGGAGUGAAGGGCAUCGAGAAGUUACUGAAGAGCUCCGCCUGCUACACCCUGCAGGAGCUGCGGCUCAACAACUGCGGGAUGGGCAUCGGAGGAGGAAAGAUCCUGGCUGCCUCCCUGACCCAGUGCCAUAAGAAGUCCAGUAAGGAUGGCACCCCCCUUAGCCUGAAGGUGUUUGUUGCAGGAAGAAACCGCCUGGAGAACGACGGAGCCACGGCCCUCGCACACGCCUUCCAGCUGAUGGGGAGCCUGGAGGAGGUCAACAUGCCUCAGAACGGCAUCAACCACCCCGGUGUGACAGCGCUGGCCACGGCCAUGCAGCACAACGCCAACCUCCGCAUCCUCAACCUCAACGACAACACCUUCACCGAGAAGGGCGCCAUCGCCAUGGCUCAGGCCCUUAAACACCUGCGCAGCAUCCAGGUGAUAAACUUUGGAGACUGUCUGGUGAGACCUGCAGGAGCCAUAGCCAUCGCAGAGACUGUAGCUGAAGGACUGCCCAUCCUCAAGGAGCUCAAUCUGUCGUUCGGGGAGAUCACAGAGGAAGCUGCGCUCGCCGUGGCUCAUGCAGUGAAGAACAAAGACCAGCUGCAGAAACUGGACCUGAACGGUAACUGUCUCGGAGAGGACGGCUGUAAAGUCCUGAAAGACGCCAUGAAAGGCCUGAACAUGGGCGAGCUCCUGGGAUCCCUCAGUGACGAUGACGGCGAGCCAGAAGACGAUGACGAUGAGGACGAUGAUGAUGACGAGGAAGAGGAUGAAGAGGACGUGGACGAGGAGGAGCUGGAGGAGGAAGAGGAGGAGGAGGAGGCAGAGGAGAGCAGCAGCAAUAAGUUCUCCACUCCGGCUGCAGCUCCUCGUCCUCCAGACGUCUCGUCCUUCCUCAGCUUCCCGUCUCCAGACAAGCUGCUGAGCCUCGGCGCCAAGAGGGCGGCGCUCAUCGAGCAGCAGGUGGACGUCUCUGAUGCAUCAAAAACAGCCGAGGCCUUCAUGAAGAUCGCCUCCGUGUACAAAGAGGAGAACAACGAUGUGAAGAGCGCCGUGCUGGAGAGCAUCGAUGCUCUACUGAAGAAAGCCUUCUCCUCCCCGUCCUUCCAGGGUUACAGCUUUGUUUCGUCUCUGCUGGUGCUGCUGGGACUCAUCAAGAGUGAGGACAAGGUGAAGCCGAUGCGCGUGGCUCCCGGUCACCUCCACGCGUUGGAGCACGUGGUUCGACAGGACUACUUCCCCAAAGAGAGCGUGGCCGUGCUGGAGGCCUUCGUGUCCCGAAACAACAAAGUUCUGGAGUCGUGUGGGAACGCCAGAAACGGCCUCCAUACAACGCUGCAGAGAGUCAGGUCUGAGAGCUGAGGACAGACAAACACACACACACACACACACACACACUGACUGAACUGAACUGCUCCCUGAUUGGACAGCCUGCGCCUCCUCUCUGAGCUGGAUGUUUGGCUCUCAUGCUGUGGACUCUCUGAAGUGCUCUGUUUACUCUCAACACACCACGCUCUGACCACUCUUCUUCCUCUCUCUCUCUCUCUCUCUCUCUCUCCUCCUCCUCAGACGUGUGUGAAGUUCUGACCUGCUCCUCCUCCUCUUCUUCCUCCUCCUCCUGUCCCU